UCAACGCCACAUACUCCUGUUGUUCAGUGUGUUUUCUUGCUAGAGGGCCGUGUCAGUAGCACAGAAUAUAUAUUUGCUGAACAUUGCCUUUAUGUGGUGUGUCAGCAUGUUUUUGUUUAAACUUUUCACACAUUUCAUGGUCAACUCUCAGUAGAUCAGUGUGGGCUCAUUUAAAGGAAAGACAUAACUUUGCAGUCAUUUCAAUUUCCUCAUGCAAAAGGUGUUUGAAAGACACAGCUUAGAAAAGCCUGAAAUUGCUUAGGACUGCUUUCAGAGUAAGAAAACAAAUCAGUAAUUUUGAAGGGAUUUGCAACUUUAUUGAAGUCUCAUGGCAUCAUUUGAUUUCGUCAGAGACAAAUUAACUGAGUGGAACCACAGUGACUUGAUUCAGAGGUUUGAAGAUGAAGAAAUUGAUGAAGAAAGUUUCCUCUCCCUUAAGGAGAAAGACUUCAUCAACUUGAUUCCAAAAAUAGGACCACGGUCUGCAUUUAGAGAAAAACACAAAGCAUUUAUCAAGAAACAGAAGCAACCCGAUGAUGAUAAGAACAUUCAAGCGGCCACGUGGUCAUCAGUAUCCAUUAAGGCCUCCAAGAGUUCCUCAGAAAAUAUUACUGGUGAGAUGGUCAAUCAAGAGCCUCGUCAAAAAAACAUAAAACCCAGAAAUCAAACUCCUAAACGAUCAGAGACUAAAAGGUCAUUGGAUAAACUCUUAGGUACAUGUGGAGGAAGUGUGCCCACAACGAACACCUCUGGAGUGGGGGAAACAGUGUAUGACCAGAGUGAACCCUCAACCUGUCACGGUUGUCGUAAGGAGAAGCGGACCAAAGUGCAGCGCAAAAGGAAAUCUGAUGAGGCCCAUGCAAACAAACAAACAAAGAAACGACAAUGUGUUGCUGCAUCCAGAAUAACUGAAACAUUUGAAACUGAAACCAAGACAGAGGUGAAAAAGAUCAUGCAACAUGUCAAAAGCAAACUUGAUGAUCUGCCUUCUACAAAACUCAUUGACUUCCUCAGAGGUAAAAUCCAAACGCUGGAGAAAGACAAAAAAGAGAUAGUGGGUGUUUUUGGGAAGACUGGAGCUGGUAAGAGCUUCUUGAUUAACACCAUCUUGGGUGAGACAAAAUUGCUGCCCUCUGGAAACCAAGGGGCAUGCACCUCGGUCAUGAUUCAGGUGGAGGCCAAUAUGACAGACUCGAAGUACAUCGCAGAGAUUGAGUUCAUGACAGAGGAGGAAUGGAAAGAGGAGCUAUUGUCCAUCUUAAGAGACAGAUCUUACAAGGAUGGAAAUGAUGAAGACCAUGAAAGGGAUGAUGACGAUGACGAUGAUGAAAAGAUAUCAUCUUUGUAUGGAAAAGAUGGACGUGGGGCAACCUUAGAAGAACUAAUGGACAGGAAGCACUUCAGAAAAAUUCCAGAGUUUCGUUUAUCAGUCAAGAAAAUAUUUCUAUGUGACACAGCAGAAAAACUCUCUGAAACGAUAACUUGUUACACACGGAGUGACACACAGAGUGAUACAUUUAAAAGACAGUAUUGGCCGCUUGUGAAGUGUAUAACCAUCAAGGUGCCAAACUCCAAAGACCUGCUGGAGGAUGUUGUGCUGGUUGAUCUUCCAGGCAAUGGAGACUGCAACAAGAGCAGAGAUGAGAUGUGGAAAUCGUUUGUUGGAAACUGCUCUGCUGUGUGGAUUGUAAGCGACAUUGCAAGAGCAACUUCAGAAAAGGAAUCAUGGGAGAUCUUAGACAGCACCGUUAGCCUCUUUGGACCUGGUGGAGAAUGUCGAAGCAUCAGUUUCAUCUGCACCAAGACAGACGACAUUGAGGAGAAUCAAAAGGCUGAUGCACGUACCUGUAUUUUGAGAAGAAAUGAAACAACCAAGAGGCAAGUGAGGGACAAAUUCAACAAACAAAAAGAAGUUAAGAAACACUUCAGUGGGGGAAAGGAUUUCCUUCAGGUGUUUACUGUGAGUUCCAAGGAAUACCAAAAGGAAAAGCAUUUGCAACAAGAAGAGACAGAAAUACCCAAACUUCAGGAAUUUCUCAGAAAUCUCAAUGAUCGUCGCACAAAGACUUCAGGUUAUGUUUCUGGAGCUUAUGGGAUCCUGUCUCUGAUAGAAGGAGCCAAAAGCAGCGACAUGGUAUUGUACUUACAGCAAGUUAACAUACUCCUUACAUGUGAAUCAGUGUAUUAUAUUGAUUAUGUUGAGUUUGGAUUUCAGACAGACAGCAAAGAAGAGGUGUGCCAGGUUCUGGAACAGAGGCUCAAGGAUGAGAUCAAGUCCAUUGGUCAAACUAUUUAUGAGGCUUAUGAGACUUUUGAACGAUGCCUCUCAGAAGGAGUUCGACAGUCAGAAGAAUCAUGCGAGAAAUUAAUGAAUAAAGUGAUAGCACCAAGAGGGAAAAAAGGCUGUGGAUAUCAAGUAGUGAAGUCUUUAUGCAAGAAUGGUGGAGUUUACAAACCAAAAGGGAAAAGAGAAAGAAGAAGGGAAAUAAACCUUAAUGAGAGUUUAGCCUCAUGUAUGAGAAGUCUAAUUGAUGAACAGUUUAAGAUACAUUUCCCAAACGAGGGCAAAGGUGGCCCAAUCAGGGAGCAGAUUGAUACAUUCACCCUUGACACAAACAGCUUGGUUGGGGAGCACCCGGGAGUGUCACUGCAUCUGACAUUCCUCAAGACAGAGGAAACUGAAUUGAAGGCAAAACUAAUCUUUGACCUCCGCGAGAAAAAGAAAAAAAUCUACUCCACUUUAACCGAGUCAAUCAAGGACACCAUGCUUCGAUGUUAUAUAAGGGCAUCAGAGCAUGCAGGAAAAGAUUCUCUGAAAAGGAUGAAAGAUGAGCUACAUCAUCACAUGAAGAAUAACAACAUUUUCCGGAAGGCCAAGGAAGAUAUGCUGGUUUGUUUAACCAACCUCAAGGAUCACAUCAUGAUGCAGCUGAAGUGUAAACUACAAGAAUCAAUGGAUCUCUCACUGAAGACCCCCAACAGCUCAUUUCUCCCAGAUGAUGUCACUGUGGAGUAUAACAAGAUGAAGAUGUACUAUGAGAAACUGAUGGGUUGCUCUAGUACAGUACAAUUCACUCCAAGAUUGGAUUUACACACAAAAACUAAAGUAUUUGAAUCACAGUCUGGGAAUAGUAGGAAGUGUGUGCAGGUGUCAACAAGUGUAACAAUGUUAAAUCCUGAAAUUGUCAAAGAACUUACAACACAUGACCGCAAGCCUACUUAUAGGCUCCAAUGCCCCAAGGCAGGUCUUUUCCAGUGCAGUUCCACUGGACUGGUAUUUCUGAUGGAAGGGAAGGGAGAUGUGGUUUACAUGAUGACUCAAUGGGACAGCAGACUCCUGGGCUCCAUGACACCAGCAGGACCCCUAUUCAGCAUUGACUGUUCUGAGCAGUCUGUCCGCCAACUUCAUCUCCCACACUGUAUGUGUGAUGAGAAGGAUGAGAAAUUGUCCGUAGCCCAUGUUACUGAUGGCAACAUGGAGAUUGUUCAGCCACUGAAGACGACUGCUACACACGUGAUUGUAAACAUCACACACCUCUCCCUCUUUGGCCUCAUCAGGGAUGUGUUCUCCAUCCUCCCGGUCCGAAGCCAGGUGCUGCUGUUCCUCCAACCACAAGGGAACAGACCUCAGAAUUGCAUACUGAAUGUUAUUUUAUUGCCCAAGAAUGUGCCACUUUGUGAGGUGGAACAUCAACAGAAGGGGAGUACAUUCAUUCAAUCCAGCUCCAACUGCACAUUGAGUCCUAGAGGAAAAUAUGGUCUCUGCUGUGAACUGGUGGCAAAUUCUAGGAUACAGCCAACAAGUGGGCAGUUUGACUAUGACUAUAGCCCAAACUUCCACCCCACAUUUCAGGUGUUUUUAGACGGCAUGUCGGGUGCAGAGAACAUCAGACUGAGUCUUUUAGACAGAGGACGUAAUGACCAAAUAGUGUGGGAGUGUCUAAUUCCAACAGAUUUCGAACCACCUCAUGUCAAUCCGAUCAACCUUAAUCCAGGUGCUGAGCCUGAACUGAACAAGCUCUCAGGUGAAGCGUUUGUGGAUAAGCAUAUGGCUGAUCUCAUUCAGAGGGUCACGAUGGUGCAGUAUGUAGCAGGUGACCUGCUUGUGGAGGAGAUGAUUCCAGAUGAAUUGUACUCAAGAAUCCUCAUGGCUUCGCCCAGUCAGGUACAAAUGAGACUGAUGUUUGAUGCUGUACAAGUAGGAGGAACAACAGUGAAAUCUGCCUUCUACAAAGCUCUCCUUAACCAUGAACCUCGUCUUGUCCAGGACCUGGGUAAGAUCAAACUCCUCCUCUCCCCUGUAGCUCAAUUGGUAGAACAUGGUGCUUGCAACGCUAGGAUAGUCGGUUUGAUUCCCAGGAGCACCCAUUCGUAAACAUAUAUGUAUAAAUAUAUAUAGUCCGUUUGGAUAAAAGUGUCUGAUAAAUGUCAUAUUUUAUUAUUAUUGCUCUCCCACUAUGAGUACCUGAAACAUGGAGGGACAUUAGAACGGACCCUGUAAAUUGCAAAGUUUCCCAAAAUAGCCAUAAUAUUUCAAAUAGAUGGCCCGCACUUAGAAUACAUUUUGUGGACAGAGAGUAUAUUGUUCCUAUAGUGUGUAUUGCAAUAGUGUGUAUUCCCAUAGUAUGUAUUUGUAUGUGUGCAUUCCCAUAGUGCGUAUUUUUGUUUGUAUUCAGUGUGUAUUCCCAUAGUGUGCAUUCUUAUGUGUGUAUUCAGAGUGUGUAUUAUUAUGUGUGUAUUCCGAGUAUGUAUUCCCAUCGUGUGUAUUAUUAUGUGUGUAUUCAGAGUGUGUAUUCCUAUAGUGGGUAUUAUUAUGUGUGUAUUCCCACAGUGUGUUGUAUUAUGUGUGUAUUCAGAGUGUGUAUUCCCAGCGUGUGUAUUCUUGUGUGUAUUCAGAGUGUGUAUUCCCAGCAUAUGUAUUCGGAGUGUGUAUUCCCGUGGUGUGUAUUCCUAUAUGGUGUAUUAUUAUGCGUAUUCAGUGUGUGUAUUCCCAUAGUGUGUAUUUUUGUGUGUAUUCUCAUAGUGUGUAUUCUCAGUGUGUAUUCUCAUAGUGUGUGCUCUUAUGCGUGUAUUCAUAGUGUGUAUUCUCAUAGUGUGUAUUCAGAGUGUGUAUUCCCAUAGUGUGUAUUCUUAUGUGUUUUGUUGGGAAGCAGCAGCUUACCGCUGAUGAAUGGGAUGGCCUGGGAUGGUUCUCGACCGUUGAACAAAGGGCAGCAAGUGGUCCCUCUUCCAGAGCAGGAUGUCAGAAUACUACAGUCACUAUGCUCCUAAUCUGCAUUGGAGUGUUGGGAGAUAUGACUGACAGCAGGAAGUCUAUGAGGAUUUAAAUUUAAAGAUGUUAUAGUCUUGUGUUUGUGCUAACAUUCCACUACUUGACACUUCUUGUCAUGCCAAACAGUCUGGCUGUACGGCAUGUCAAGAAUCAAUCAAAAUCAAAUCAAAGUUUAUUCAUCACGUGCACAGGAUACACUGUGUGUAAAUUAAAGAAUGUGGGUGUGUGUGAGUUUGUGUGGGUGGGAAUGUGUGGAGUGCUGUGCGUAGACAGCCAGUGAUUGCAGGUAGACAGUCAUUGAUAAGCUGUUCAGCAGUUUUAAUGCUUCAGAGCUUGCCCCCAGUGAUGAACUUUGCAGCCUUCACCACCCUCUGUAGAGCCUUGUGGUGGAGAGGGAUGCAGCUGCCGUACCAGGCGGUGAUACAGCCAGUCAGUAUGCAGCUCAAUGGUACAUCUGUAGAAACUGGUGCCAAGUUUUUUUCAGCCACCUGAGGAAGAACAGGCGCUGGCGUGCCUUCUUGAUAAAUGCACCAAUUAGUGGCAAGGAGUGGAAUGUUACCACAAACACACCAGAUUUCUUCAUGCUAGUAGUGUGUCCUAGUGUUUUCAAUAAUUUGUAACCAUGUUCAUUUUUAAAUGUCUUUUGUCUUCUUAAUUCGAUUUUUUUCUAUGUAAUAGGGUGGUGCAUUUCCUAAUUUCUCUCAUUCACUUAUAUUAAUGUAGUGAAUAUAAAUUACAAUUUUAAUAUUGAAAUGUUGACUUAAUACCAUUCAUUUUCUACAAAUGUGUUGAACUAUAAGGGUGCAGAGUCAUGUUAGUAAUAGUCAGAUUGUAUAUUUCUGACUGACUACUCUGUACUCUGGUAGUACUGUAGCCUACACAGGUCCAGCCACCACAAAGAUAGAAGGAAAAUACAUAUCCUAGAGGGCAAACUUUAACCUUGUGAUGGUCCAAUUGUUGCUGUUUACCAACGUUUCCAUUCUAUUUCUCUGAAAUGUUGCCUUACUCUCCUUUUGGAAAAGCAAGCCUCUAUGGAAACGGUGUAGUCAGAACAUUAUAUGCAAUGUUGAGUAUUGUCAUAUAUUUUUCGGUUUAUUUAAUUGGUCUGAAUUUUCAUAUCUUAUCAAAAAGUCCUUUAUUACACAGAUGUUUACUAAGUUUGUCUGCUUUUGAAUGGAAGCAUAUUCUUUGAGCUACUACAGUUUAUUAAUCAUGUGUUGGUUUAUUUUUCAUUCAUUCAAAGGAUUGAUGAGGUAUUGUUUAUGCUUGAAUUAUUGAUUAAUCAUUUUAUAGAUGCUUUUAUGCAGAAAUAAUAGCUGGAUGUGUUUCUUUCCAAUUUACCAUUUAACCAAAAUGUGUCAAUGUGAUGUUGUUAUAACCUAAUAGUUAUGUUUAGUCAUUUUGUUACUUGUGUAUUGUUGAUUAUUGUUAUGUCCGUUGUGGGGGAAAUAGGGUGUUUGAAAAUCAUGUCCUCUUAUGGGUUUAUUUCUCAAUAAAUAAUGACUAUAAAUA